AUGAACAUUAACAGCAAUACUCCACUAAUAUUACCCGGUAUGGUAGCAGGAAGGCGUACCAAAUUACUCAUCGAUUCGGGAGCAUCACUCACCCUAAUUAAUCUUCAAUUUUUUCUGCAAUUACCACACUAUUAUCGUCAAAAAGCACAGUCUCCUCCUCCAAAUUUAUGCCUUCAACUGGCAGAUAGAUCACAACUAUAUGUCAAAUAUGUCUUAUCACUCCCAAUUACUAUUUCAAACUCAACACGAGGACAUAGAAUAUAUGUAGUCCCAAAAUUAUGGCGCUCGUGCAUAAUUGGUAAUGAUCUCAUUCGUAAACACAAUCUUCAAAUAGACGGUGGACAUCAAUAUGCGUAUUUCAAAUCAAAGAAAAGCGCACAGCUGCAACAGGAAAGGAAAGAAACAAUCAACAAUGACGACAACUACGUGUUGAUUGCCAACGAACGCAUUAUAAUUUCACCAUUACAUGUAUUUAACAUUGAAGUUAAACCAAUCAAGCCAUUCUUAAUUACAGAAGAUGACGAAGAAAAUGAAUAUGAAGUAACAUCAAUAAAAGAAGCUCCAUGUGUAGCUAACGAUAUCAUUACACCACGUCAACAUAUGACACUACAGUUGGCUGACUUAACAGAAAGAACGAUUAUAAUCUAUAAAAAUCAACCGCUCGUAACAAUGACUCGUCUUAAUCAAACGCAAUUAAACAUGAUGCAACAUGGAACGAUAUCAUCAGCAACAAAACAGAUGACGUCAACAACAGAUAAUGAAUUAAAUUUAAUCAACACCGAUUUAGAUGAAUAUCAGAAAGAAAAAAUAAAAUAA